AAAUGAAUAGAUACCCGUAUCACUCACAUUUUCAUCACCUUUUCUAAAAGACAUUACUGUAUAUAAGCUAAUAUAAACUGUACUGAUUGUGAAUAAUAUUACUAAAAUUCCGAUCAAUUAACUUCUCAAUUAAAAUGUUCUAUAAAGAAACUUCCAAAAAUUAUAUUAUUUCGUUAAAACAUUCUAUUAUGAAUUAAAAACUAAAUAACCAAAAAAGAAAAAAAAAAAGCGCGAAAAGUCACUCGGUUAUUUUCGGUACGGACGACAAUUUUCCGUUAACCAAUUCUCCGCGAAUUCCAAAAAUAUCCCCACUUUCCCGCUCUUAACAAGCUGGUAAAUCACGUAAUUAUCUCCAACUUUAAGGGUCAAAUUCUGUUCCGUCACUCCUCAGUCCUCACACCCUUCUUCUCUUCUUCCAUUCCCCUGUUUCCCAUACAGCAGAAAAAUGUCAGUACGAAAUCGAAAUUUCUAUAUAGUAAAUGAUUCCACAAAUAUGGUUGCAAAAAAUGAACCGUCAAAUGCAAGCGAUGAAUGUGGAUAUCCACUUUUCCGGCGACGGCGAGGAAGUUCCGGCGGGAAAUGAAAAGGCGGUUGGAAAUUUUCCGGUUGGAUACGAAGGUCGGAUGGACAGUGUUAAGGUCACGAUGCCUCAUCAUACAGUUUGUAGUGCUUCUGAUGUCAUUGCUCUGCAAAAUCGAGAGACUAAUUUUGAUCAACUCACUAUAUCGUUUCGUGGCAAAAUUUAUGUAUUUGAUGGCGUAACUACUCAAAAGGUCCAUUCGCUUUUUAAACUUUUGGGUGGAUAUGAGUAUUCUCCAGGCACACAAGCUUUAGGUUUGUCGAGUGCAAACCAGAAGGACUAUGUGGACCAUCCAGUGCACUGUGCAGAUCCAAAAAGACUUGAAUCCCUCAUUAGAUUUUAUGAGAAGAGGAAAAAGAGAUGCUAUGAAAAGAAAAUCAGAUAUGGUAUCCGCCAAGAAGUUGCGUUCAGAAUGAAGCGUAAGAAUGGCCUAUUUGCUCGAAAAGGUUCGACUGGACCAAAACAGGAGAACAUCCCUUCAGAAGAAACUCGGUGCAUCCAUUGCGGAACUAGUUCAAAGGCCACCCCUAUGAUGAGGCGUGGUCCUGAUGGCCAAAGGAAUCUUUGCAAUGCAUGUGGCCUCACUUGGGCAAAUAAGGGGAUAAUGAGGACUCUCUAUAAGGCAUCCUAUGACAAUACUGAGCUCGAACUAGAGAAUGAAGAUUGCAAUGAAACCAACUAUGGAGCUCCUCAAUGUUCCGCCUCUCAUCAAGUUUCUUCAUCAGUCUGCCAGUGAUCUUGAUGCCUUAGAAAGAAAGCCAUACUAUAUCAACAUAUCUUCUUCUCAUCCAACUGAAAGAUUAUAUAUACAUACUACAGAUUAACAGCUUAGCUAAAAUUUGUUCGCGAAAGCUAAGGAUCUCUCUCAUGCCACUUGUAUUUACGGGUGUUACUUGAAGUUCAAUAGGAAUUUGCAGUUUCGCAAUCAAGACCUGAUAUAUUAAGCAGUCUUUUUAAUUCAUAAUUUGAUCUUUUGACAUAUCCAACAUCUAGAUUAAGCUUCGUAUUGACUUAAACCAAACAUGUUUGAACCUUUUGUAUAUCGAACUUUGCCUCUUUGGAUAAUCAUAAUCUUAUGAAGAAUGAUCAUAUUAUCUAUACUUUCACAUGUGAUGA